GAUUGGACGCGCUAUGAGGAAAGUGUAAUGAACAGUGGAAGUUGCAUCAUGAGAUUGAUUUCAAUCAUCGUUUCAGUCGGGAGUGCACGGCUACUCCACAGUAAACUUCCUUCUCUCUCUCUCUCUUUCCCCUUUCUGUUCUGCCCUGCUUUUGCAAUUAAUGCACCGCCUUCCCUUGGGCUCCCUCCAGUCUCCCACCAUAUUAGUAAUCAACUCUCUCUCUCUCGCUUUAUUUCCUUCUGUUCUGCUCUGCUCUGGUUUUCUUCACUCUGAUCCCAAAGCUCCAAUCUUGGCAGGCAAAAUUCAACAAUAAGUGUGAUUCCUCACGAAGUGCAAUAGGAUCAGGAGAGGACAGCCUUUCUAACUGGUUUUAUCAUUGAUUCGUGAUACAUCCACGGAUUUCAUUUCACCAAGAUAAAGUGACCUCAUUUUUCUACAUGGGCUUGUAAAGUGGCUGGUGGUUUGGAUGUGUGGGAAUCUUUGGUACUUGGAUAGUCAUUUGCUCGGUUGACCAUUUGUGGUGAAUUCCAGAAUUUCGUGUGAGAUCUGGUUGGCAAAAGUAGGACUUAUCCCUUGUUAAGUUAGAUGUUUUGUUUGUUGAGCUGAGGAAAUGGGGGGUUGUGUUUCGACUAGUAGUCGGAGUACUCUUAGUAGCAGGAGCAAUGGAGAGAGAGUUGCGCAGACAGGCCUGGGGAUUGGAUUUUGUGGCCAAAAGAGAACGAAGAAGACAUUCUCUGACCAUUCCUAUACUCUUCAGAACUUACACACCUUACCCAACCGCAUUUUUACCAACGGAAAGAGUCAGACUUCUUGCAUAUUCACACAGCAGGGCCGCAAAGGCAUAAACCAGGAUGCCAUGGUUGUGUGGGAAGAUUUCAUGUCCGAUGAUGCGAUCUUUUGUGGUGUUUUUGAUGGCCAUGGUCCGCAUGGCCAUCUUGUUGCACGUAAAGUAAGGGAUGCAUUGCCUGUGAAGCUGCUAUCCUUCUUGUAUUCAUAUCAAUCGAGGUUAAAAGGGUCCAGUAAAACAUGUUUCAAAGGGAGCGUGAAGAAGUCAGAUGGUGGAGAUACUGAGAAGGAUGGUUCGGCUGAAGAAAAAUUGAAUUUAUCAUGGAGAGACGCCUUCCUGAAGUCAUAUAAAUCCAUGGACAAGGAGCUGAGGUCGCAUCCGAAUUUGGAUUGCUUCUGCAGUGGUAGCACUGCUGUCACUCUAGUCAAACAGGGGUCAAAUCUUUUCAUGGGUUAUAUUGGGGAUUCUCGAGCAAUCCUGGGAUCAAAGGACAGUAGUGAUUCAAUGGUGGCAAUCCAGUUGACUGUUGAUUUAAAGCCCGAUCUUCCAAGGGAAGCUGAAAGGAUCAAACGAUGCAAGGGUAGGGUGUUUGCUUUGCAAGAUGAGCCCGAAGUGUCUCGAGUAUGGUUGCCUUUUGAUGAUGCCCCAGGCUUAGCAAUGGCUCGAGCCUUCGGUGAUUUCUGUUUAAAGGAGUAUGGAGUGAUCUCAAUACCUGAGUUCUCACACCGGAUACUUACUGACAGAGAUCAGUUCAUUGUUCUCGCUUCUGAUGGGGUCUGGGAUGUCUUAAGCAAUGAAGAGGUUGUUGAGAUAGUAUCCUCAGCCCCAAGCCGGGCAUCGGCUGCAAGGACUGUGGUGGACUCAGCUGCUCGUGAAUGGAAACUCAAAUACCCAACUUCGAAGAUGGAUGACUGUGCAGUUGUUUGCUUGUUUUUGGAUGGGAAAAUGGAUUCAGAAUCUGAUUACGAGGAACAAGGUUUUUCAUCUGCAACCAUUCAAAGCAAUCACUCUGGCAAUGCAGCUGAAUCGGAUGAUGGCCAGAAGUCCGAGCCAUCUUUGCAGAGGAAUUUCACUGUCAGAUCAUCUGAUGAAAGUGAUACUUAUGGUCGACUACCGGUUGAGAUUGAAGGGAAUGAAGAAACAGUGGCAGCUGAAGAUCAGAACUGGUCGGGUUUGGAAGGCGUGACGCGCGUGAACUCCCUUGUUCAACUUCCUAGAUUUUCCGAGGAAAGGCCUUAGAAAUUGUGAUUCAAAUAUAAACGAAACCGGCUAGCUUUGUUGUAUUAUGGGAUUUUUUUGCCUCAUUAAAAUCCAAAAGAAUGAUAAAUCUUUCUGGGUUUCCAUUUCCUCAGCAUUUGUUGUAGCAGGCACAAAAAGCAAGGAAACUGUUCUUAUCAGGCAACUAAGGCAAAUAUAACUGUCUCUGUGUUUCCAA